AGGGCGGAGCGAUGAUUCACUCUUCUGCUUUUCCUCUUUUCACUUCUUGCUCUUACCUGUCCGGCCCGGCACUGUGUGUGCUGGCAGGAGCCCGAAAUAACCGACCAGGGCAAUGCACAAGAGGCUGAUGGAGACGCUUGCUGCCGCAAAACCCACCAGCUGACCCAGUUCUCCAGAAACGAUAACCCGGGACAGCGUCUGGGCUGAGAAAUCCUGCUUUUCUCUGCUCCCUAUUAAGCCUUUUUGUUUGUUCGUUUGUUUUCCACUUUUUCUUUUAUCCGGUAUUAUUGUUGUCUUGAAAGAGUGGAGGAUGAGAAGAGCGUGGAGCCGGAGGUAGAGGACCUUCCCGGUGGCGUGUGCCUGCCCGGGGCCAUCUCUGCCCCGCAGCCCCAGCUGUGGGAAGCUCCAGGUUUUCCUCGCUGGCAGAGCCAGGAGCAAGUGAGAAACCGAAUCCUCCUCCCUGGCCAAGAAGAGCUCCAGCGUGGCAGGAGCCGGUGGAGAAAGGAGCAGAACAUUUCCCCAGCUGCGCAUUGAGCCGGUGAGGGCAAAGCCAAGCAAAUCGUGUAUUUAAAGACUGGGGAAUAAUUGAUUCCUUAUUUAUUGUUGACGUCCGGUGCUUACUGGAGGUAUAGAGCUCCCUUCGGAGAGGGCACCGGUGUGCACGGUCACCAUGGCUUUCUCCCAGGUGCAGUGCCUGGACGACAGCCACGUCAACUGGAGGUCCAGCGAGUCCAAACCCGAGUUCUUCUACAGUGAGGAGCAACGCCUGGCCCUGGAGGCACUGGCCUCCCGUGGCCCUGAUGCCUUCUAUGAGGUCCUGAAGAAGGAGAACAUCAGGGAUUUCCUCUCUGAGCUGGAGCUAAAGAAGAUCCUGGACACUCUGGAGACGUACGACCCCGGCUCUGAGUACAUCCCACGUCAUGGCAGCAGCACGGGGGACAACGAAGGUGACCACAACAGCCAAGGGGAUGAGCAGGACGUGGCCCCCUCCCUGGAGUACUGGCCCCAGCGGUCCGACCGCUCCAUCCCCCAGCUGGACCUGGGCUGGCCCGAGACCAUUGCCUACCGUGGUGUCACCCGCGCCACCGUCUACAUGCAGCCACCCAUCGAGGGGCAAGCGCACAUCAAGGAGGUGGUGCGGAAGAUGAUCUGCCAGGCUCAGAAGGUCAUCGCGGUAGUCAUGGACAUGUUCACCGAUGUUGACAUCUUCAAAGACCUCCUGGAUGCGGGUUUCAAGAGGAAAGUGGGAGUCUACAUCAUUUUGGAUGAGACCAACGUGAAGCACUUCCUUCAGAUGUGCGAGCGAGCCCACAUGCAUGCCGGACACUUGAAGAACCUGCGAGUCCGGAGCACGGGGGGGACAGAGUUUUUCACACGUUCAGCCACCAAGUUCAAAGGGGUUUUGGCCCAGAAGUUCAUGUUUGUGGAUGGGGACCGAGCCAUGUGUGGAUCCUACAGCUUCACCUGGUCUGCAGCCAGGACAGAUCGAAACGUCAUCACAGUCCUCUCGGGCCAAGUGGUGGAGGCAUUCGACAAGCAGUUCCAGGAGCUCUACCUCAUGUCCAAGGGAGUGAGCCUCAAGUCCAUCUCCAUGGGCGAAGAGCCUGAACCCGAGCCCGUAACACUGCCGUCUGUCGUGCCGGUGACCCCCGCCAAUGCUGUGGUGAAGAAGCUGAUCAACCCUAAAUAUGCCCUGGUGAAGGCCAAGAGUGCUGACCAGAUCAGCAAGACUUCAUCUGAGAACCAGGAUAAAAACCAGAAGACUGACAACAAAGGCAAAGGCCUGCCCGAGGGCCAGGCAGGUGACAGACAUGGUGACACAGCAGACCUCUCCCUCCUCAUCCACCCUGGCCUCCUGAACCUGGAGAAAGCCAACAUGUUUGACUAUCUGCCCACCUGGGUCGAGCCUGACCCCGAGCCCGGGAGCGAAGUCUUGGGCUACAUCAACAUUAUUGACCCCAACAUAAAGAACGUGAAGCUCUCACAGAUGAACCGCAUCAAAGUCUGCGAUGUCUCCCAGGCCAGCGCCCAGCACCGGCAGAUGCUGAAGAACAGGGAGAUGGAGAUGAAGAAAAACUCCGAUCAAGAGCCACCUCUGGUGUCUCCCUGCCAAAGACAGACCCCGCAGACCCCCAUGGAAGCUCCUGCAGCCCCCGCUACCAGCCCCAUUGAAGGCACCAGCUGGACAAUGAAGCAGACAGGCAUGUUUGCCACUUCACCAUUGGGCCACCGCUUGAAGCCACCAGAGGAGACACCGGAGGACAUCAAGCCCCUGGUUCCAAAGCCAAGGACAAUUCCCGUUGGUGUUCUCGUGACCAAAGUCAUUACACCCUGUGACAGCAACACUGCCCCAGAGAGUGACACACAACCACCACUGGCCAACCACGCGGGCACAAAGCAGGAUCUCGAAGAGAACCCCAAAGGAGCUUCAAUGGAGACCUGCCAUGUCCAGCCAGACCGGCCAGUGGCAGGGCCACAGGAGGACAAAGGGCCACCCUGUGCCCACAAUGGGGUGGGAGAAGAGGAGGAAGAGGAGGAAGAGGAGUACAUCACUCUCAGUGACCAGGAGAGCUACUCCAGCAGCUCUGCUGACCACAGCUACCGCCGCUCCAAUGCCUCCUCCAUCUCAGAUGAAUAUUUUGAGGUGAGGGAUCGCUACGGGCCACUCCGGCGAACCAACUCGGACGUCACCCACAACGGGGAGAUCCUUCCCAUCCAGAGGAAGCUCAGUGACCCUCACAUCAGCCGGGGCACCUUCCUCAGCCCUCUGGGAAGCCUCCCAUCCCUGAAGCACGUCCGCAUGGAGGACAUGACCAAGAGGAGGAGUAACGCCGUGGAGAUUAGGUGUGUGCUGCCACGCACUGUCCUGGAUGGCAACAGCUCCUACCCCAGCAGUGCCACACAGGGGACGCACAUCUACCGCUACCAAUCCAGGAACCCCGUGGGCAGAGAACAAGGCAAGGAGGUCUCCUGCUCCCCCACACACGAGAAACACCUCGGGGCCACCAAAUACAGAGGGGAUGGAGCCGAACCCAAAAAGACCGUUGCAGGCAGCCAGCCUUACUGGCAGAGCAAAGCCUUCAGCCCCAGCAAGCCCACCCAGCCUGGCCAUCUCUCCCCAGGCAACCCCAAAGCAUCAAGCAAACGCUUAACCUCCCUGCCAGAAAGCCAGAAGACAACGGAGGAGAUGAGGACACCCCUUGGCAUCCCUCUCUCCAAACUGUCGCAGUCCAAGCACCUCAAGAACAGGGUUGCAGGAAACACAGGUGCUUCUAUUGACUCCAAAAAGCAGCCCCCUGAGACCACUGGCCAGAAGGACCACUAGGCACUGAUGCAGGUGGACUCGUGUGGUGAGAACGGUGGUAGAGCGUGCCUGGAGCCCAGGCAACGCUGUGUUACAUGGGGCAGGGGAUUCUUGUUUACAUUUACCUGGUCAGUGCACCAGUACCACAUGGCCAUGAUGGACAACCCAAAAGUCAUCCCAGUCCAGGGCAGGUCUCCAGAGAUCGGGUCUCGGAAAAGGUGCAUUGCGUCCGCUCUGGGCAGGUGACAGGUAGCGUUGGGAACGAUCUUGGAUGGUAUGGCUUUUAAAUAGGCCUCUUCCAGGUUGGGGUAACCUCCAAUCUCAUUAAAAGCUGGAAAGUAUGGUUGGGGGAGGCUGGUCAGAGUCGAGCGAAACCCAGUGGCCUCUGAGAUCAGCUGGCAAAACGCUCGCCAAGUUGUUAGCUCAGAAGUACUGCCUGGAGAGUGAGGGCUGGUUCGUUAUUGUGUUUUCUUCUAGUUAUUUAAGAGACUCUUCUAUUGACAUUUUGCACAGCAGGUCCCAUUACAGUCCACCCUCCCUUUGGAGGGUGAUCCAUGUCCUGGGAAAAAGGCUUUUCAAGGGACCCAUCUCUUUCGACUUCGUACUGUAAAAGCAACCUGUUUGUUAAAGCACCCCAGUCCCAGAGCAGGGGAAACUCUCCUAGGACUAUUAAAAUGCAAGAUUAGGUAGCCUUUGACUUGGUAUAUUACAGCUUAAGGUGCCUUGGCACAAGUCUCCAGCCAAAUCUUUUUUACUCCUCCACAGCACCCCCAAACACAGCUCCAUCCCCAAACCUCCAGCACCCAGAGGAGGAGAAAACAAACAAACAAACAAAAAGAAGACACUUCCCUGUAUUUUUCUUAGGAAAUGGGAUCUCAGGUCUGGGUCUCAGCCAUGAACAAGCCCUGGCAAGCAAGGCUCCGAGCCCUCACAGCUGCCUUGGCUCCCUCCCGCACCACAACCACCAGCAGCAGCUGCCGAACCCCCAGGCUCUGCCCUGGCCCCCAGUGCCUCCCCACUCCAGGGGGAGCAGGGGCUGAACGCUGCUUGUAGCUCCCCAGUACCUCUGGCAGGUGAAUUUCGGAGCCAGAGGCAUCACUUUUUGGAGGAGGGAGGAAUGGAAGGCACCCUCCCUGCUCCCCCCACAGCCACCCACGCAGCAAGUGCAUCAACACCCCCAUGCCCACAGCAGCUGCUGGCGCUCAGGAAAAGGGAAAAGGGUUUGGGGUCUUGGUGGAUCUCACAGAGGGGAGACUCCAGACAAGACCCAUGACCAUCCCUCAGUGUGUUUCGCCCUCUCUGGUCCGGCUGUUGCAUCCCGCAUCCCUCCCGCCUGUGGGCUGCAGUCCAGACCCUCAACUCAGUCUCCCUCGACGUGGCAGCGUGAGGUGGGAACGUGCUCCUGAGCAGCUGCCCUCCCACAGGAUCACACCCAUGAGCUGCUGUCUUUAAACCAAACAAAUCCCUCAGGCAUCGGGUGCUGGACACCAGGAUCAGCAUCACAUGCCAGCUUGGGCAAAUCCCAAUUUCCAAGACGUCCAUCAUGCUCCAUUGUCCCUUCCCACCCAAGGGCAGCCCUUUCUCUGCAGCCCUGCCAGUGUCAUCACCAACCCACACUCCUGUCCCCAUCCCAGGACAUCUCCCCAAUCUGAGGCUUUUGGGGAGUUUGCAAAGGGGCGUCAUCCACCAUACACCUCCUUUGCAGACCAACCCCCCAUAUUUCACAGGGAGUCAGCAUUUCUAUAAUAAACUCCUCUUGCUCUUGUGCAAGCA